AUGGGGCCCCGCGUGUGCGCGUGCGCGCUGGCGCUGCUGGGCGCCGGCCUGGCGUGCGCGCUGGGCCCGACGCGCCCCCCCGCUGCGCGGGAAGACGUGCGGCCACCCCACUUCGUUCGCGCGCUCCCCCAGUGCGCCCUGUGCGGCGCCCCGCGCUGGUCCCCUGAGCCGGGAGGCCCCGGUGGCCGGCGCGACCUGCUGCAGUGGCUGGAGAGGCGGCAUCUGCUCCUGGGGCUGGUGGCCCACAGCGACCCUGCGCUGGCACCCGGCCUGCCACCGCGGCCCCAGGCCUCCCCGCGGCACCGCCGCCACCGCGCGGCCAGCGCCAACCCGGCUCGUCGCUGCUGCCUCAGUGGCUGCAGCCCGCAGGACCUGCUGACCCUCUGCCCCCACUGACCCCGCUUGAGGCAGCCUGGGGGGGCCCAGAGGGGUCUGGUCGGGUCUCCUGAGCUCCCCAGGCCACACAGCGCCAGGAAGUCCCACCUCUGCGGGGGACGUUGUUAAUUACCCCCUGGGGCGGGGUGCUCACCACCUACCCCAGGCCAGCGCCCCGCCAGCCCUCUGUGGCGCCAACUGGGGAAUGAAACGAGCCCCGACCGCAGCCCGGAGGCUUCCGGCUCCCGCCCAGCUGCCCUGCGCAGAGGAAACGCUCCAGACUCCCCCCCACCCCGCAUGUCACCCUCCUCCUCGCUCCCUGCCCCCCA